AUGGUAUCAGCUACACAGAACCACAUCGAAGUUGUACGUCUGCUGCUGGAGGCCAAUGCCAGUACAGAAACACGCGACCCUGAUGGCUGCACUGCCCUCUUUGCAGCUUGCCAGAACGGCCACGUUGAAGUUGCGCAAGUGCUUCUGGAUGGCGGUGCGGAUAAGAACUCCAGAAGCUAUGACGGCUUCACUUGCUUGAUGAUGGCUUCGCAGGGCGGUCACGUUGAAAUUGCUCGCUUACUGGUGGCAGCCGGUGCCGAGAAGAACAUACAAAAACAUGGCGCCACUGCCCUGUGGGCAGCUUCUCAAAAUGGUCAUGUGGAAGUUGCCCGCUUGCUUCUUGAGGCCGGUGCCGACAAGAAUCUGACCAGCACUGACAUGGGCUUCACUUGCUUGAUGAUGGCCUCUCAGGAAGGGCACGUUGAGUUGGUGCGACUGCUGCUGGAGACCAAUGCCGACAAGGACUACGUUGACUUCGCGAACCAAAGUGGCAUCACGGCGCUCGUAAUGGCGUCACGGCAGGGCCAUGUUGAAGUGGUGCGCUUGCUGCUGGCGGCCGGUGCCGACAAGAACGUGAUCAUGUCAGACGGGUAUACUUCAUUAAUGGUCGCUGCACAGGAAGGCCGUGCUGAAGUUGUGCGAUUGUUGGUGGCAGAGGGUGCCGAACUGAACAUAGCCAACAAUGUCGGCGUCACUUCUCUUAUGAUCGCUUCUCACAGAGGCCAUGUUGAAGCUACUCGUUUGCUUUUGCAGGCCGGUGCCGAGAAGGACUUAAAAGAUAUGGAUGGCAUCACUGCCCUGAUGAAGGCUUCUCUCGAAGGCCACAAUGAAUGUGUGCAGUUGCUUUUGGCUGCCGGGGCCGACACAGACAUAGCCGAAAAGGACGGCUUCACUUCCUUGAUGAUAGCCUCUCAAGAGGAUCGAGUCGAAGCGGUGCGCUUGCUUCUGAACGCCAGCGCCAACACAAGCUUAACCAACAGGGUGGGCUUAAACGCCCUGAAGAUAGCUGCACGAAGAGGACAUAGUGAAGUUUUGCGGUUGUUGCUGGAAGCCAUAUGA